AAGUAUUUUUUGAUAUGAAGGAGAGCCGUGACAACUGACAACCUGCCUCACGUUGGUAAAAUGUUAUGAAGACUUUUGCUACGGCCACACUUCAAGUGCGAAGGCCUUCGCACAGUGCGAGCAUUUGCAGCCAGGCCGACGAGACUGCCCAAAGCCAGAAGACUUUGGACUGCCCUGUCACCUGAAGAACACUCUAGCCAGUGGUCUGAGCGGGUACCGGUACAGACGGGAUUUGCAAAAAGAGCCGCUCGCCAGUGUGGUUUCGCUCUAAGGCACAGCGAUUCACUGGAAGGGGAACGACUUUGUUCCAACAUUCGGCAGGAGAACAAUACAAUCUGGCACUGUACUCUAUAACACCGAUUUUUGGUAAGAAGCUGUGGAGAGUGGCAGUAGCAGUUGCUGUCCUUUCGGAUUGUUACACCAACCCAGUAAAGAACUCAGCCUUUAUCUGGCUGAUAGACUACUUAAUGAAUCCCAAAUAAUGAACUAUGGACAAUUCCACGGACACAGUGGCCACACCUCGAUGACCUUUUUAACCUCCAGCAAUGACCUUUCCCCCGCCCUCCCCAUGUGUUCACCAGUAUGCGCGCGUGUGACCUUUUCGCCUGGCUGAAUGUCAUGCUGUUACUAUGCUGCACUGAGACACUGCUCCCUUUUGAUCAUCGCCUCCCCGCUAUUCAUCUCUUUCGUCCCGCACAUCCCCUGGAAGCCAGCCGGAAACGUUCCGUCGGCAGACCAACCAUGUACCAGCUGCGGAAUCGCCAGUAUGCGGAUUCCGUGAAUAUUCAGGAUGAUGUCAGUGAUAUGCAUAAUGAUGAUUUUGUCGAUGCCGAUCUCCCUGUGCAGCCUCCGGAGAAGGUGACGCUGCAGAUCAAACUGAAGCUGGGCGAUCAUUCCAUACCCGCUCUCGAGUACGAAGUGCCAAAAUGGUGGUUCCAGCAAAUGCGCGACGAGCACGCUGCCAGUGUACAAAUAUCCGGUUCCAGCCAAACCGGAAGUGAUAGAAGUCGGAGUGGAAACGUUAAGACCCGCAAAAUUGUCAAAACCACUAUCCACGAAACUUCCGCCGAGGAAGGCGGAGAAGAUGGCGAGGAUGAGUCGCCGCGCUUUGUCGGUCAUGUCAAACGGAAACCGCAGAAAUUCCCCACCGUCACCCGCGAAGAAGCGAGGCAUCACUGGAGCGGGUCAGCGGAUCAUCCCAAGCCGGACAAAUUCGGCCGGCAUUAUUCAGAUAAUAUACGCGGCACUUCGGUGCAUGGUGAAAGCGAAGAAAUGGAAGAAGAGGGCGCUUAUAACGAAGAUUGCGGCGGCGAAGCCGAGUAUUUCGUUCACACUCUUCCUAGCAGUGCGUUCAGCAGCCCGUUAACCAAGCCGGCAGUAGCGGCCACAGCCAACUGGAAUUCCAAUGAUCCCUUCGUCUUUCAAGGCAAAAACGGAUUUACCGGUCCAGGAGAUGAUUAUUAUUUGCAGAUCGAGUUUGGCGCGUCACGUAGGGUGACUGGAUGGAAAGUGACCGGAAACGGACAGAAACACCAUGCCGGUGCGGUGGAAGCGUACACGGUGCGCCUGCACGAUCCCAGCCAAAAGAAAUGGUCGACCAUCCUGGGACCGGAGGGUCAGCCGCGGGUAUUUUCUGGUGCACCAUCCGCUGAUCCGGAUCGUACUGGUGAUGUGUACCCAGUGAAAAUCGCCCCCAAAAGAGCGGACGGAAUAAGAUUUUAUCCGCUGCAGUGGAGCGGGAAACCUUACUUCAAAGUAGACGUGCAAGCCUGCCGAGAAAUUCACCAGACCGGAGGACGCCGCCGGGCAGGCAAUACCCGAAAGCUCAUCAGUACGGUUACCGAAGAAGAGGAGGAAGAGAGUGAUGCGGCACAGCGGCAUCCGAAACCACAGAAAUGGUCGAAAGAGGCUUACGGGGAAAUGGCGCCGCGUCGCCAUCCCUAUGGCGGUGGCGAAGAGGAGGGAGGACAACGGGAACGGACCCCGGUGUCCAGGAAGGCCUGGUCCAAACAUCCGGCGGAUGCCGCCGGGAAUUCUGGUGCCGGAGCGAAGAGGAGACGAACACAGACGGUCACGGAGGAACGAUGGUCGAAGCAAAGUGAAGGAAGGGAAGACCGUGACGACAGCCGUCCCGACGAUCGGUCGUCGCGGAUGCGAGGGGGUCACUGGUCAGGGAACGAGUAUGUCGCCGGGGCGAACGCCGGCAGUGCUGCCCGGAGUAAAACUCGUAAAGUAACGAGCGCAACGCGUGAAGAGGAAACAGGAGACGCCCGUGGUGGGGAAACGCCCAAAGAGCCGCAUCCGGUGAUCGAGCCCAGUGUGGAGCGGAUACCCGGCGGACCGCCGCCCACCCUGUGCAAGCGCAUUCCCCUGCGCGAUCUCCAGUAUUUCGAAAUCGACUACGACAAACGGGUACAAGACCUUGGCGCCGAUCCGGAUAUUAUGGCGGAUGGCUAUGUCAACCUGCGUCUUUUGACGGCCGAAACAAGUCAGCAGAAUAAGAACAAUCACCUGGCGCUGGAAGUGGAUUUUGGACGCACUCGACCCAUCCAGCAGCUGCUGUUUAAAGGUAUGUUGCGGGAAGGGAUGCCGGCCAUCAUGCAGGCGUUCUACCUGCAGUUCUACGAUCCCGACACACACGUGUGGCAGUGGGUCAGCCAGGACAAUCAGCCCAAACCCUUUAUCCUCUUCCAGCACACGAAGCUCAAUAAAAAGGAAGUACAGACCAUCUUCCCGGUGCGCUUUACCCAGAGCCUGCUUACCAGGAAACUGCGGAUUUAUCCCGAAUUGUGGAUUAACUUGCCGCUCAUUCGGAUGGGCGUUAUUGCAUGUGGCUAAUUCUGGGAAUUAUUUUUGGAAUUUGUCCUUUUGGAAGCAUUGGACAUUUCUGCGUUUUCGUCAGUUGUAGUUUCUUAUGAAAUGAUUUCUUGUUGGUAACUUAGUUGUUGUAGGGCUUGGCGAGUGUCGUCUGUGAAGCUCUGGUGACCUUUAGUUUACUGGGGUAGAAUUAGUCAGCGGUGCUUGUUGGAUUCGAUGGUUUUUGCUUACUUAUGUUGGCUUGGCAUUUUUCAGCGCACUUGUAUCGUGUACGUUGAUGUCGUUACUCGUUAGUGUUAUGAAUGUUUUUAUGAACAAUGCUUUGGAUAAGUU